AUGGCGUCUGGAUGGGUAUCCUGGGACAAGCCUCCUGGAGAGGAGGUGUUUGGGGCUCCUGAGCUGGCAAAGCCCCUGGUCUUGCAGGAUGUCCCAUCCCCUCCUCUGCAGCCCCACCAGGUCCCACUGGGUGUCCAUUACUGUGAGUUAAAUUUUGCUGGUAUCUUGGUCUGCCAGGGAUUGUAUCAGGAAAACCAUACUCUUCAUUCCUGGUUUUUUUGGCAGGGAUACAGAGUAAUUGCUGUGACUGGCACUAAAGCUAUGGCAGCAGAGUGGGUUGUUGAUCAGAAGAUGCUGUGGCAGAUCCCUGAGGUGUCAUGUGAGGUUGUGGUGGCAUUGCCGACCACGUGUGGCACAGCCUCGCUAGUUCUUGACCAUAGGGCAUGGCUUCAGCCAGGCAGAGGCAAUUACACGGUCUGUCUGAACGGUACAGGAGUGACAUUUUCUCUGCAGCCUGGAGUUAAUAUGAUAGUGGCAGCUGGAAGUGACCCCACACGUGAGCUGGCUCUGAAGAGUGGCACAAGCCACAGCAUGAGCUGCAGCCAGAGCAGCAGAGAAGAGGUGAAGAUGGUCACAAGCAGCAGAGCAGUCGACAUGGCUGUCGAGGCCAUCGGUAGGGACAUCUUCAAGGCAGCUCUGCAAAGUUUGGCGUGGGAGGGCAGGACUGUGGGGAUGGGUUUUGCUAGAGGAAAAUCCUCUCCCACCAACCUGCUGCUUCUGAAGAACGUGUCUGCUAUGGGAGCAUCAAGUCAGUACCAGGAAGAUGAUUUCCCUGUUUUUUCCUCUGUCUCCUCCAUUCCCCAGUAUUGCUGGGAGGGAAAUAUCCAUCCCCAUGUUGGAGCACUCUUCAAACUGGAAGAGGUAAUAAAUGAAGCCUUCAACCACACGCUCCAGCACAAGUCCCAGGAAAGGCUGUCAUCAUCUCUGUGA